UUCAUAACGGGAUUUAAUUUGCAACUUUCAAAAAUAUCUUUUGAAAUUAUUUUCAUAAGUUUAAUUUUUUUAUCCCAUAAACGGUAAUUUUUCUCUCGUCCAAAACUCAGUAUACACAGGUUCGUUUCUAUAGCAAUGUCGCGGUAUUAUCAACUGAUUAGCGGAUGUGACAUAUGGCCACCGUUAGCUUUAUUAGAUUAUCUUACACUUAUUUUCGUGCCAUAUAUCAGUCGUCAUCGCAGGGCAAAGAGUGAAACUCCUGAAUUCUCCAAAACCUUACGAACUAAGUUCACUCGCAGAAACUUCUUAAUACAGUGCAUCAAUUUCUUAACGUGUAUUGCUUGUCGUAGAAGGAGCAUUUUUUUCCAGAAUAAUUUCGCCAAUAUUUUCGUGAUUCUCGAUAACAAUGUCAUCGGACUAUUCGUUCUGCAGCGAGGGUGGAUUCGACGAGUUGUCCAGUUCCUCGGAUUCAGGAUUCGACGUCAGCUUCGAAUCACCGAAACACGAGAUUACAGCAGAGACACUGUAUCCAGCGCAGAAAGAAGAGAAACGCAAGAAGUCACGAAACACACGUUGCAAGAGUCCGACGCAGGUACUGCGUCUUAAACGUAAUCGUCGCAUCAAGGCCAACGAUCGGGAACGUCACAGGAUGCACACAUUGAACGACGCUCUGGAACGUCUUCGAAUGGCACUUCCGACAUUUCCGGAAGACACGAAACUUACGAAAAUCGAGACUCUACGUUUCGCUCAUAAUUACAUAUGGGCCCUCUCCCAAACACUUGGUAAUGCUGAGAGCGGUGAGAUCACGGUGAACGUCGGCAACGUCACGGUGAGCAUAAGUGAAAACGGAAAUAUGAUUACCUCAUCGACGGGAAGCUGCGCGGUCGCCGCUCAGAAGAGACUUGGUCCUGCGCAUUCGGCAUUUCCAUAUCCGCAGGAGCGAUUUAUGCCGGAAUGGCAGGAAUAUGAUUGCUACAGUGAUCAGAGCAUCAGUCCUCCGGUACAGCAAUAUCAGCAGUGUUACGAUCAGCGAAUUUAUGCUCAUCAUACGCCACAGCAUCAAUUGGCUGUACCGCAUCACAUGGCUCAUCACAAUAACAUGUAUCAGUGCUUAUAAGAAAAGUGUCUAACUACUGUCUGCAGCAGUGAGUACCUAGUGUCGAAAAUUCGCGAAGAGUGAUGUGAAAAUAAUUAGUGAAGAUAAUUUGCUCGUUAUCUACUUUGUAAGGACAUAUAGUAUAUUUUGGAAAAAAAAAAAAAUACGACAAGGAGGAAUUUUUGUAUUUUUUGACUCACUAUUCGUUUUUGAAUAUCUAUCUUUCGUAGGGGGUUGAUAUUCAGAAGUUUUUAUUUAAUUUUUUUUAAGACCCAAAGUCUUCGUUUAACGUACGUUCCUUUUAUUUAUUCUAGUCAGACGUGUCACGUCGAUAGUGGAUCUCAUUUUUGUUUAAUAUUAUUUUUUUUAUGUAUUAAUAUUAUUGCCUUAUUGAACUCUUACCCAAGUGCUAUACUAUAUACUGAGGAAUAAUUGGAAUAACGUUUCUCGUAAUGUGUACAAGGAUACGCCCACACGCCAGUGCUCUUAAUCUAAUGGAAUUGUCAAUUCAGGGAAUAUAUACAUUGUACAGAAUUUAUACUUUACCAAUAAAGUAUCUAUAUUUUACCUAUAAAAAUUGAUUAUGUGUAUUUUAAUAUUUGUCGAACCUUCGUUAAUCCAUGUGGUACCUUAGAUCCAUUAAUUAUAUGGUGCAUCCACUGCAAUUGCAGUUAUGAAA